AAGAGCAGCCCAGCGCUUCCAUACGGAGCCUCUCACAUUGAAGAUAUGGGGAAUAUUAUUUCAACGCUAAUAUCUGAACCAUACAAUCACAGGUUUUCAGAUCCAGAAAGAGUGAAUUACAAAUUUGAAAGUGGGCCUUGCAGCAAGAUGGAACUCGUGGACAAUAAUGCUGUGAUACGAGCAAGAGGAUUGCCCUGGCAGUCAUCUGACCAGGACAUAGCGAGAUUCUUCAAAGGCCUAAAUAUUGCCAAGGGAGGUGCUGCGCUCUGUCUCAAUGCCCAAGGCAGGAGGAAUGGGGAGGCUCUCGUGAGGUUUGUAAAUGAAGAACAUAGAGACCUAGCGCUGCAAAGACACAAGCAUCACAUGGGGAAUCGAUACAUUGAGGUGUACAAGGCAACAGGUGAAGACUUCCUUAAAAUAGCAGGAG